UUUUCUGGCUUUUCAUUUUCGAGGGGUUAAGCGAAUGAAUUGUCCCGAACGCAAUUUCCCAUGGCCGACGUGAAUAUAUAAAUGAAAAUAAACCCACACCAGUAGGAGAAUAAAUCACAAGCAGCCACCCGGACAGUCUCUCCAUUUCAAAACCUCCCCCACGAUCUUCUUCCCCCUUGUCGCAUGCCUCCCGUCUCCAACCUCUCUUGAUCUCCCUCCUCCUCCUCCUCCUCCCGUCACGCGCUGCCAUCGUAGAGGGAGAAGCCUGCAAAGAGAUGCGCGCUCCGAUGAGGCCCCGCCUCGCCCUUCUCGUGCUGAUGGCUGCGGCCUUCGCCGGAGCCUGCUUUGGCCUUGCUGGGGCGGCUGGCACGUUGCCCUACGAUCGCCCGGGACCGCGCCCUGACGUGUUCGUCCGUGACUCCGACGACGAGGAUUCGGCUUCUCCCCAGCAGGUGCAUGUGUCUCUGGUGGGUCGAGACAAAAUGAGAAUCUCGUGGAUCACCCGAGGCUCGGCUCCUCCGACCGUGGACUACGGCAAGUCGCCGGGCACAUCCCAGAAUUCGGCGACGGGGAGUACAACUACGUACAAGUACGCACUAUACAAGUCCGGGCAAAUCCACGAGGCGGUCAUCGGUCCGCUGGAACCUAAUACGGUAUAUUACUACCGGUGCAGCUCGGACUCGGCCCGCGAGUUCAGUUUCAAAACCCCUCCGACGCAGUUUCCCAUCAAAUUCGCAGUGGCAGGCGACCUUGGACAGACUGGAUGGACCAAAACGACCCUUCAACACAUUGGGCAAUCGACCUAUGAUGUCCUGCUGCUGCCCGGUGACCUGUCGUACGCCGACUUCUACCAGCCUCGGUGGGACUCGUUUGGCCGCCUCGUUGAGCCCCUCGCCAGCCAGAGGCCCUGGAUGGUGACCCAAGGCAACCACGAGAUUGAGAAGAUACCACUCAUCCAUCCUAGUCCCUUCACGUCCUACAACGCGAGGUGGCGGAUGCCAUUUGAGGAGAGUGGCUCGGACAGCAACCUCUACUACUCGUUCGAUGUCGCUGGCGUCCAUGUCGUCAUGCUGGGCUCGUACACGGACUUUGACCCGAGCUCGGCCCAGUACAAGUGGUUGCAAGCCGACCUGGGGAAGGUGGACCGGACGAGGACCCCUUGGAUAGCUGUGCUGAUCCAUGCUCCCUGGUAUAAUUCUAACACUGCUCAUCAAGGCGAGGAGGAAUCGAUUGGGAUGAAAGCCUCCAUGGAAGGUUUGCUCUAUCAAGGGCGAGUCGAUGUGGUUUUCGCCGGGCAUGUGCAUGCGUAUGAACGCUUUACCCGUGUCUACAAUGGAAGUGCCAAUGAUUGCGGCCCGGUGCACAUCACCAUCGGCGACGGCGGCAACCGGGAAGGCCUUGCCAAAAGGUACAUAAAUCCAGCACCGCCGAUAUCAGUAUUCCGGGAGGCGAGCUUUGGGCACGGGCAACUGGAGGUAGUGAAUGCGACUCAUGCACUCUGGACAUGGCAUAGAAAUGACGAUGAUGAGGAUAUGGAAGCAGAUUCAACUUGGUGGACAAGCCUCUCGUCUAACCCUGCAUGUAAAGUGUGAUAACCUUGAUACAGUGUUAUAGAAACACCCGAAUGCGCAAGGCAAUUGUUGGAUAUAGGCAAAGUCGGUUCGGGGAUAGAAUAAAUAGAUUGUGUUCCAUGUAAAUAUUUGGAUCUCAGAAAGGAAUGAAACAUCUUAUUUUAACA